UAUUCUCAUCACCUCUGCAAGCCACUGAGCUUGCUUCCCCCCUUUCUCUCUCUCUCUAAACAAGCAACCACCAUGGCAAGGCUGAGCAGGCGUGUUACGAUGGUGGUGGUGCUGGUUUUCAUGGCAGUUUCCACGGUCAUGGGCACCAACCCAGAAGAUGUGACGGAGUGUGCAGAUGAGAUGCAGAGCUUGACAGCAUGCCUGCCAUUCGCCACCGGUGGUGCAAAGACACCGACACAAGAGUGUUGUGAGGAGACGAAGAAGGUGAAGAGAGAGAAAGAGAAGUGUCUCUGUGUUCUGAUACAGGAGAGUGCUGAUCCUUCGGCUGGGCUACCCAUCAACACCACCUUGGCGAUACACAUGCCAGCCCUCUGUAACAUCGACGCAAAGGUCUCCAACUGCCCAGCGUUACUAAAACUAUCCCCAGACUCACCAGAUGCAAAGAUAUUCAAAGAUGCAGAUUCAGGAGACUCAUCACCCUCUUCAUCUUCUUCUACUGCAACUACUACAUCAACUACUCCUUCUUCUUCAUCUUCUUCGAGGCCAAGUCCAAAGAGUGAAAGCAGCAAGGGAAUGAUUUUGGAUUGUGGGGUGGAAGUGGGUUUUCUUGGGGUUUUCAUGGGUUUUGUCAUUUUCAUGUUGGGGUAA